AAAAGGUACUGGAGCUAAAUCUCUUCCUUUCUUCAUAUUUUCUUUCCUAAUUCUCUUUCAUUAAUUCCCUAUUGACCCUUCCUUGUGCAUCCUUUCUUCAACACCGCCAAAACCUAGCACAAUACUGGACCUGUGUACACAACGAGUUGGUUGUAUGUUUGAAGGUGACAUUCUUGCUGUAUAUGGACCUACCAAGUACACCAACACACAAAACAAAACUGAGAUAUUGCAUGUGGACCUGAUAGAUUCUAAAGGCCAGAUGACAGUCACAAUGAAUAUUAGCAACACAUUGGUGGACACCUUUUUGCCACGCUUGACCAUUGGAUCAAGAAUCCGCAUUUCCAACUUUACAAUUAAAAAUAAAUCACAGUACGAAAGAGGUGAUGCCGAUUGUUGCAUUGCUCUCACUGCAAAAAGCACCUUUGAAACUAUCCCAUGCAUUUGUACCAAACACAAACUAGCACCCGACUUUACAAUCUCACAACUAAGCGAAGCUAAGUGCCACUAUUCCGUUGGUUCAUUCAGAGCAAUUGGAACUAGUUACCAUUUGACCAAAACACACCUUGAAGUACAUAUAAAGGAUGGUGAUCUGCAGGAAGAUAUGGCCACUAUACAUCUUGAACACUUUGAAUUGCACCUUCUUUUUUUGUUCCUCCUGUCAUGUCCGCUUUUGCCCUUGCUCAUCUCCACCACAUACACAGAAUUGUGUGCAACUUUGCAACAAUUCUUCUCAAUAGUAGAUAUGCCUUUUAUACUGUUCAAAAAUAUCGUGCGUAAUGGUCCCCAAGGAACUCAGUCAUUCCACCCAUCGCAGUCUACUCUCAUUGAAGAGCUUAAUGACCAGUGCACAAAAGCACAUUUGGAGACACUUGCCAAAUGUAAUAUCCAGGUUGUCGGUGUCCUCAAAGCAAAGAAUGCCUACUUUCCACCCUAUGAAAUAUCUUGCUCAACGUGCCACCACUCCCUACCAUUUGAUGCUGCAAUUGACAUGGACUUUGUCCCUUGCACGUAUUGCAAUGUCGACACACAAACCUCUUGCCACCAUAACAUACUUUGCACAUUGAAUACACAAGAAGGCAACAUCGACUACUCCUUGCAAGGAGACAUACUUCAACAAAAUUACCCAGAUAUCACAGAUAUAACAUACGAACAAUACCAAUAGGACAUCUCGCCAAUGGUCUUUAUGUUGCGGAGGCUCCACGUCUAUGGCACUUUCACAUUAGCUGUGAACAACACGAUUAUUGAUAUUGUCAAGCAAUAGGAAUUUUGAUGUAAUUGGGUUUUAACACUGUCCAUGUUAAUGAAUAUUGCAAACUUGAAACAAACUUCGGCCUUUAAAGCUUGUAAAUCUUAUUACUUUUUUGGGUGGCAAUGGCCCUACAAACUCUGAUACUGUCUGACUAUCACAAACUUUGCUACUGUGUUAAUAUAAUGUGAAUAUAAUGUGGCU